AUGUCCGGAUCAAAUCGACAUUUGGACUGGAAAGAUAUUCUCCUAUGCUACCCCAUCUUCCAUAAUGUUUGUGCCCAUCUUGAUCCCAAUGAUAUCAUGCUUUUCCGAUUGACCACCACACAACUUUCUCCGUCAUUUAACUCGCUCUUCAAAACCCAGUGGAAUAUCAAUCGCCAACUUACCCGCUUUGUUCAGGACCCUGUCGGCUUUCGAUCAAGGUUGGCUAAGCACGAUGCCCUCAUAUCUGGAAGCUUCGCUUUACAAUUCUUCGAGAGGAGAUUCUGGCUUGACUCUGAUCUGGAUAUUUAUGUACAAGGUGCGAACAACUUCAGGGAUCCUGAGCAGAUAGGUAAAUACUUGAUCAAGCAUGAAGGCUACAAACUACAAGGGUCGAAAACGGAAGCAAACGGUGGCUUAAUGAAUUAUGUGGGCAAAUUAAAGUAUAUUUCACAGGUUGAAUCAUACAUCAGGACAAGCUCGAUCAAGAAGAAGUCGAUUCAGAUCCAAAUAAUCUACACAACCAACGUUCCUUUCCAAGCAAUCAUCCAGGGCUUUGGUACAUCACUUCUCAUGAACGUCAUCUCAUGGGAUUUCGCAUAUUCACUUUUCCCUAAUAUGAAUUUCAUCAAGAGAACAGCUUAUGAGGUAAAUGGGGGCGAUAAUCGCUAUCUCCAAGCUAACGCCAACCACGAAGAUCCUGAAGCAAAAUACAGAUCAAGAGGAUGGGAAUGGGAGAAAGCGGCAGCCAUUGGCGAUCCAAAGAAUUUACACUCCUUGAACUUGGCCAGCUGCAGAAAAAUUGACGAUUCGUAUACAUGGACUAUCGGACUAGAUACGAAUGAUGUAAACGGUGGCCAACCUUCGUAUCUUUUACAAAAUUCUUAUUUCAAAGUCGCACAACUUGGUCUAUCCAAUACGCAGUAUUUUGUGGAUAUGAAUAUUAAGCUGGACGACUUGACUCAUACUCAACUCUUAAAAAUUUUUGAGAAUGAACGGCCGAUUCCUCUGCGAACAUGCGGUUCUAGUGGCUACAAGAUAGAAUAUAACUCACGUACCAUCAAGAGGCGUGUGCAAGAACUAAAGGGUUGGAUCUUCUAUGAUGAUCAGAUUCCGACAUGGUAUAAAGAGUAUCUCGAAGACGAAGAAGCUAGAUUGAGGGCUAAAAAGGAAAUGGAACAUGACGACUUGGAGCUAUCCCUGAACGGUGAAGCUGAGAUUUUGGCCGGUGAAGGGAAGAGACUCUAA